CAAGCAUUGAUGCUUAAGUAGCUUCCUCUUUUAAAUGACACUAACCACACCAAACCUGAAUAGAUGUAUUUCCAAUCUGACAAAUUUUAUUCUGAAAUCUUAGGAGUUUUCAAUUCUGAGCAACAAAAACAGAAUCCAAAGCUUGCUUGGAAUUUUAUUUUUUGCUAUACUCUUGUAAAUGCAGAUUAGAAACAUGGCUGAGAAGGUUCCUUCAUUUCAAAGUGGUGGAGCUCUUUGGUUUACUGAUCUCACUACUCCACAUAACUUGCUCAUCCUUCCAGUUCUGACAUCAUUGACAUUCUUGAUUACAGUAGAGUGCAAUAUGCAGGAGGGUCUUGAAGGGAAUCCCAUUGCCCAAACUAUGAAAAACUAUUCUAGAAUCCUUGCUGCCAUUUCAGUUCCUGUAAUGAUGAGUUUCCCCAAGGCACUGUUCUGUUAUUGGCUCACCUCCAACCUCCUCUCCCUUACAUAUGGUUUAGGUGAGUGCUUCCUGCAAAUCACUUUGCAGGCACUGUUCUGUUUUUUGUCUUCGGCAAUUGAACAGGACACUACAGUUGAAUCAGGACCUUCGUUACCCACCGUUCCAUCAAAGGUUGCUGACAGAAGAAUAUCACGGACUUCAAUUCUCAAGCAGAGACUUAAAAGUCUGGAAAAUCAAAUCAAGGAAAGAAAUAAACAAAAGAAGAUGUGAAAGAACUGCUCCAACUAAGUUUAUGGUGCACCGGAUGAUGGAAAGUUUUUUGCUAGACGGCUAUAAAUCAGUUAAACAGUGGAAUCCCUUUUGGGAGAAGACACUCUUAGGUAGAAGUAAAUUAUGAUCUGUUUCUAUCUGUAUUGACAUUAAGCUUUUUAUGCAUCCUUUCCCUCGAUGCUGUAGAGCACACACAGUGAAUCACACAUGAGUUUCACAAUUCUACAAGUCUUCUGGGCAAUUUUUGGAAAUAGAAGUUGGAGAGCUCUAAAAGGGGCGUUUCUUUUA